AUGCUGGGCAAGCUUGGGCUCACCUCCAAGUUGUUGUGAGUGCAUGCUGUACAGCUCCUCGUCUCCGAGACGGCCAUCGCGAUCCACCUCCCAUCACCUCUUGUCACGUCAUCACCGCACACGCGUGUCAGGAGUCACGUCAACACCGUCAAAGUUCAUAGACUCACAACUGACUUUGUUUCCACAGUGGGCAAGACCCCAAGCUGACGUUCAGCACCUCCCCGCGGCGCGGCGUCGCCUUGCUCGCCUCGUCAUCCCGGAUUCCCAAGACGGACUCGGCGUAUUGGACACAGUACUUUACUCUUUUCGACUCGUUAUCGGACCUCAUCACCCUCGUCGAUGCCAACUCCUUGAACAAGGCCACCGAAGAGAACCUCAAGACCCUAGUCGAAGUCACGUGCGACCGAUUAUUCGAGCUUCUCGGUCAAGAUCGAUUUCCCAAGAGGCCGAAUCAGGGCGGAGGUUCUUUGCUCGAAGGAUUCACUGCGGCACUUUCAGGAGACGACGACGACGAUGCGAGACAGGCCAUCAAUUGCGUCAGGGUGCUCACUAGGGUGGUGCCUUACUUGACCCGGCCAGGACCCGAUGGAACUCUCUCCGAUUUGGAGAGCGAUGUCUUUUGGAAGCCGACCAGGGUCAGGGUUCGAAAGAAUUCUUCGCCUUCGGCGACGACGAGCAGUGCCUCUACGAAAGUGAACGAGGAUGAAGCAGACGGAGAAGCCGGUCACUUUGUGCUGGAAGACGAAGACGACGACGAUGAGGAAGUCGACACGUCGGCAAGAUCCACCGCGAACUGUGCUUCCCGCGCGACUGAUCUAGCAGACCAGUCCGAAUGGCACCAAGUCCCACCACUGGCCGAGAGGCUCUUGGCCGCUUUGGUCGACUUGGCUUUUGUACCUGGUCUGACCGUGCCGGAAGAGUGUCGAGCUGCCGAAGGGGGGUCGAUCGCCUACGUCAUCUGGUGAGUCUAAGGACCGUCCGAACUCUAGGCGAUUCGCCGCGCUGACACGAUCACCACGAUCAUGUCCGCCGACAGGGAAGCAGGGAUUGCGAAUCCAUCAUCUUCGUCGCUCCCUCCAUCACCGCUCCCCAUCCUCUCCGCUCGACUAGAAGUCCUUCGGCUGCUCAACAUCCUUUUCUCCGUGCCCUCCCUCGUCACCCCUCCCCACCUCUUCCCUGUCAUACCGAAUCGAUGGCGACAAGCCUUCGUGUCUUCAUCUAUCAACCGCAAGGUCGUCCUCUGCUUUCUAUGCUCGAUCCUCAACACCGCCCUCAACGCUGGACUCCCAUCAUCAACCGACGAAACCGAUGCGCCACCGCAGAGCCCUUCCAAAGGCAAGGCCUCGGCUCUCCUAGGUGCCGCCAGUGGGGCCGCCGGGAUAAUCGGAGGUGCCGUGAUGCGGCUCGGUGCAGAAGAUGUUCGAGGCUUACUCGUAUCGGCGUGUCUACAAUCGCUCUCGAUCUUGUUGGCCCAACACCAUAUCCCAUCCUCGGAUCCGGUAACGGAGCAGUCGCCACGCCAAUCUGAAGUCAAUUCGUUCGCUUACUACGUCUCGAAAUUGCAUCGAACGAGCGACUUUGAUCUCGUCGUCCGUGGGGUGUUACACGUCCUCGACCAAGCAACGAACGAAUCGGCUUUGGCGAUCCCGCGGACGGUCGUCGGGGCUUUGUCGGGUGCGACAGGGCGCAAUACGACGACGAGGAAAACGACGAGCGUCAAUGCCGAUGUGACGAACGCGUUGAUCGUGCUUUGGAGGAUGCUCGACCUAAAUCCUAAGCUGUGGAAAUGGGUUUUCAGGGAGAAGGAGGAACUGAGCAGUCAGUUGAUCGUGCUGCUCGUGGCGUUUUGCCUCGAGUACAAGGAUGAUGAGAGUGAGUCGUGUUGAUUGGCUUUCUGAGGGUCGACCUUUGCUGAUGUUACCGCGACUAUGUGCAGCACAACUGGGCGUCGUUCGGCUGUCUGCCUUCAUGCUGCAGUCCAUUUCGGCCGAGCCUGGCCUGUCGGCACGUUGGAACGCCCCCGUCGAGAUGAAGCUCUCCCUGCGCAGCAAAUACGGCGUACCGGGGACAUUAGCUGACUUCCUGGUCGUCUCGAUCUAUACCCUCGUGUUCACAACCAAAGGAAAAUUGGCACCUCUUUACCCUACCCUCGUCCUCUCCAUCACGAACGCAUCCCCGCAUUUCAAGCAGCUCUCGACCUUUGCAUCGACGCGGCUCACGCAGCUCUUUUUGGCUUUCUCGGCACCGAACUUUCUGUUGAUGGAAGAGGGUAACCCUCGAUUGGUGUAUUACCUCCUCGAAGCUUUCAACAACGUCAUACAUCACCAACUCUCGGAUAACCCUGAGCUCAUUUACGCCAUCCUACGGAGCCACCAACGAUUCGACGAACUGAGCAAGUUCACUUUGGAAAUGGGCGUUGCGGAAGCGAGAAGACUCAAGGCCGAACGCAAGUUGAAAAAAGCUGCGGUGAUGGCCCAUACGGAAGGGGAGAUGGUCGAGGUUGGGACGCGGAGGAGGUCGUCGUCGACGAGUGGUGCGACGGAGGAAGGGGACGAGUUGUCGGAAAAGCAGAGGGGGAAGAGAAGGCAACGAGGAGCGUCGUUGGAGACGAUAUCGGUCGCCGAUUUGUCGUUGGGACCGACGGACUCGUCGGUGCCUGAAGGUACGAACGAGACGGAUCCUUUGGAGUCAACGAGGGCGUCGGAGGAUCAGUCGAGGAGGACCUCGCUCGAUGCUGGUGAUUUCGACGAGGAUGCACCGUUCGUGGGCAAGAAUGGAUUCGUCCCUGGUGAAGCAUGGGUCGCUUCUUGGCGUGAGGGGUGAGUUGCUCUUGCUUUCAUUCUUUCACCGAUGUCGAAUUCGUCUGACCCGAAGUAUGAAUGCCAGACUACCACUGGAUUCGAUCCUCAUCGCCAUCUCGGAACUCCGACCCCUGAUCCUCGACUUACCCGCCCGGCCACCUCCAAGCUCCACCCAACCCGUCUCCUCCUCUUCAACAGCGAUUGGUCUCCUCUCCUCAGCAUCCCUAGCAGGACUCUUACCCCCAGCGCCAAGUCCCAAGUCCAGAGCGUUCAUAUUCAACCCUCAAUCGACAACAUGGCUUGCUUCGAUCUGCUACGGGAAUCAAUACCUCGCCGCGUACGAAUUGUUGAGGGACGUUCCAGUCGCCUUGUUCGCUGUCGCGCCUUCCGCACGAUCGAGAUCGACGACGAUGGUGGAAGGGGUUAGGGGCGCAGUGGAGAGAGUUGGGAGAGGGUGGAGAGCUGUGGUCUGA